AGUAAAGUGACCCGCCUGCAGUGAUGAUCAGUGGUUGUCAUGGUGACGUCUCUCUGUCACGUGACUCAGUGUUUCAACAUGGCCGCGGAGGACCUGCCGUCUGAGUUUGACGUCGUCAUCCUGGGGACAGGUCUAGCUGAGUCGGUGGCAGCAGCAGCGUUCUCCAGAGUCGGUCAGAGAGUUCUUCACAUCGACAGGAGGAGUUAUUAUGCAGCUAACUGGGCUAGCUUCACCUUCAACGCUCUGCUCACCUGGAUACAACAGCACCAGGAGGAGUCGCAGCCAGAGGAGCUUCAGGAUUGCUCGAGCCUGUUGGAGGAAGGGGAGGAGCUGAUCUACCUGUCUAACUCAGACUCCGCCUCCAUCAGUAACUUGCAGGUGUUCUGCUUCACCAGUGAGGAAGAUGAGGAGGAGGAAGCUCAGAGUUGUGAUGCUCCAAACACCACAGAAGAAGACAGAGGAGGACCUGAUGGAGACGCCGCCAAAGAAACAUCAGAGACCGAAUCUGCAGAUUCAAAGGAAGAAGAAUCAAACCAGAAACCAGAAGAAGAGGACCAACAGGUGAGGGAGGAAGACAACCAACAGCUCUCCCAGACAGAGGGGGAGGAGCCAGAGGUCGAUCAGCCAACCCCCGUUGCAGCUCAGAGCCAAUCAGAGCCGACCAGGAAGAAGAUCAGCUACGCUCAGCUGGUGAAGGAAGGACGCCGGUUCAACAUCGACCUGGUCUCCAAGCUCAUGUAUUCUCGCGGCUCAUUGGUCGACCUGCUCAUCAAAUCAAACGUCAGUCGCUAUGCAGAGUUCAAGAACGUCACCAGGAUCCUCACCUAUCGCCACGGCAACGUGGAGCAGGUGCCGUGCAGCAGAGCUGAUGUGUUUGCCAGUCGUCAGCUGUCUGUGGUAGAAAAGAGGAAGUUGAUGCGUUUCCUGACUUCCUGUGUGGAGGAGACGGAGGAGCAGCGAGCCUACAACGGUCGGCCAUAUUUGGAGUUCCUGCGUGACCAGCAGCUCGGUGACAACCUGGAGCACUUCCUGCUUCACUCCAUCGCCAUGGUAACAGAAGACACGCCCACAGAGGAGGGCCUCGCCUCCACGCGUCACUUCCUGCGCUGCCUGGGUCGCUACGGCAACACGCCCUUCCUGUUUCCUGUCUACGGCCUUGGCGAGAUCCCCCAGUGUUUCUGUAGGAUGUGUGCUGUGUUCGGAGGAAUCUACUGUCUGAGACACUCGGUCACCUGUCUGCUGCUGGACAAGGACACCAACAGGUGUAAGGCGGUGAUUGACAGCCGAGGGCAGCGAAUCAGCUGCAGCCAUUUCAUAGUAGAGGACGGCUUCGUGGGGGCGGACCGGAAGAGGGUGGCCACGCCCACAAGGUUUCUGUCCAGAGCCGUGUUGAUCACGGACGGCUCCGUCCUGCCCAGCGACUCAGACCAACAGGUCAACCUGACUGACGUCUGCAGCAUCAGGACCACGACGUCCGUCAGUCUCUGCAAAGACCCGACAGACUUUAAUCAGACUCUCGGAGUGUUUCAGAGUGAAGCUUCAGGUCAGAGGUCAGCGUGUCCUUCAGUCCCAGUGCAUUAUGGGAUUGAUGUUCAUGAAUAUCAGAGAAGUGAUGAAGAAGACAAAAGAUCAGAAAGAAAGUCAGAGAGGAACAGUCAAAUAAAUGUCUCCAUGGUAACGGUUCCUCCAAUAGCAGCAGGAUGUCCGUCGGUGAAGAUGGUGGAGCUCUGUCCGUCCACGAUGACCUGCAUGCCGGGGACUCAUCUGGUUCAUCUGACCUGUCAGUCAGUCGGCUCCGCCUACGAGGACCUGUCGCCGCUGGUUACCAGGAUGUUCCGCACGCCAGAGUCACAUGACCAAGAGAGCUGCCCGUCUGUCCUCUGGUGUCUCUACUUCAACAUGGUCGACGGUUCUGGUCUGGAGGUCGAAGGUCAUGACCUCCCGUCUAACGUGUACGUGUGCUCCGGACCGGACGGAGAGCUGGGUCACGAGUACGCCGUCAGACAGGCCGAGUCCAUCUUCCACAAGAUUCUUCCUGAGGAGGAGUUCUGUCCUCCGGCUCCCAACCCUGAAGACAUCAUCUACGACGGAGACAACACCUCCUCCAACACCGGAGAGGAGGAGAAGGACGGAGGAGAGGAGGAGAAGGACGGAGGAGAGGAGGAGAAGGACGGAGGAGACGAGGACAAGGAUGGAGGAGAGAAGGAUGAUGGAGAGAAGGACGGAGGAGAGGAGGAUGAAGGAGGAGAAGAGGAGGAGGUGCUGCAGGAGGAGCAGAAGCCUCACUCUGAGGAGUAAAUCUUCAUCCUUCCAUCAAAGCCAGAACCUCCUGCAGUGCAUUGUGGGUUAAAGUUGCCUUCAUUCAUGGUUUUAAAUCUUUAUUAUUAUUUUUCUAUUAUCAGUUUUUUUAUUUUAUUUUCAGAACUUUAUUAUUUUUCUGCUUCCUGUCUUAUAUAAAUAUCGUUCUGUGUAAACAUUAAAGCUUCAACAUGAAUUCAAA